AUGCCCACCCAGCUGGCGAUGGCCAUGGACACCCUGAUCAGAGUCUUUCACAGAUACUCUUGCAAGGAAGGGGACAGGUUCAAGCUCAAUAAGGGGGAGCUGAAAAUGCUCCUGCAGCAAGAGUUCACAGACUUCCUUUUGUGCCAAAAGGACCCCCAGUUGGUUGACAAGAUAAUGCAGGACCUGGAUGCCAACAAGGACAACAAAGUGGAUUUUAAUGAAUUCGUGGUCAUGGUGGUGGCUCUGACAGUUGCUUGUAAUGAUUACUUUGUGGAACAAUUGAAGAAGAAAGGAAAAUGA